UCGUUAACGUAGUUACACUACUUCGUAACAGUAAAUUUAAAAUGUUUCUAAUUUUAAUUUUACUUGGAAUAUUAGUGCUCUACUACUACAGUGUCAAGAAUUUUUCAUAUUUUUCCAAACGAAAUAUCAAACAUGAUCCACCUAUACCGAUAUUCGGAAACUAUUUAUCUGUCGCUUUCGCAAGAUUCACAGAUAUCGAGAUGGCAACCUAUCUAUAUAACAAAUAUGAUGGUGAAAAAGUCGUUGGAUAUUAUAGAGGAACUACGCCUGAGCUCGUAGUCCGAGAUCCUGAAUUACUGAAACACAUACUAAAUUUGGAUUUUCUACACUUCUACAAAAGAGGAUUAGGUCGUGAUCCUAAAUUGGAGCCACUCUUAAGGAAUUUAGUAUCCUCAGAAGGAGAUACAUGGAAACUACUCCGCAAAGGUCUAUCACCAGCAUUCACGAGCAGCAAACUUAAAAACAUGUUCCCAAUUAUAAACGAGUGUACAGAUAGGAUGGUGAAUUUAGCAAGGAAAAUGGCAUUAACUGAAGAAGAGUUUGACGCCUGUAAUCUAAGUGCCCGAUUUACGAUGGAAUUGAUCGGUGCACACGGAUUUGGCAUAGAUAUGAAUACAAUUAACAACGAACAUUCACUAUUCAUAAAUCUUCGAGAAUUUAUAUUCAUUAAAUCGAAAUGGCAGAUAUUUUUGUUUGCCAUAAAGGACCUUUUCCCCAAUUCUCUUAUCAAAAAAGUAGUUUUAGGAAAACCACAGAUAGCACAAACCUUAACUGAGAUUUUGAACGGGGUUCGCAAACAAAGACAAAACGAUAAAAAUCCACGUCACGAUUUUAUUCAUCUUUUGUUGGAAUUAGAAAAAGAGGGAAAAAUUUAUAGCGACUCUUUGGAACCAGAUGAAAAUGGACAAUUCAGAAAGAUUGAACUUGACUUUGAUGAGACGUACGUAAUCGCUCAACUGUAUGUAUAUUUAGCUGCUGGUUUUGAAACUGCAUCUACUGCAAUGAGUUAUACAAUGCAUGAACUCGCAUUUCAUCCCGAAAUACAAAGAGAAGUUCAAGAAGAAGUUGACCGAGUUCUCGAUAAAUAUGAUAAUAAGUUAUGCAGCGAGGCUAUUUCUGAAAUGGUAUUAUUAGAAAUGUGUGUGAAAGAGGGCCUCAGGAUAUUUCCUCCUGCUGGUGCAUUAUUCAGAGUGUGUACAAAAAACUUUAGGAUACCAGAAUCAAACGUGACGAUUGAAGCCGGUACAAAGUUGAUAGUUCCUGUCCAGGGAUUGCAUAUGGAUCCAAAAUAUUUUGAAAAUCCCAAGGAAUUUAGGCCCAAAAGAUUUUUAACCGAGGCAAAAACAUGGCCUAAAUACGCCUACAUUCCGUUUGGAGAAGGUCCAAAAAAAUGUAUUGGAGCACGGAUGGGAACAAUAGAAGCUAUGUGUGGAUUAGCAGCGCUAUUGCAUAAAUUCAAUAUAGAGCCGUCACCGUCAUCAACAAAGGAACUAAAAGUGAACAGAGCGUCAUUUAUAGUGCAGUGCAUUGAUAAUGGUCUCCCUAUGCAAUUGUCCUUUAGAAACAAGCCACUAUAACCACAAAUAUUUAAAACCGUUCCAUAGAAUUAAAUUUAAAAAAGCGUUUUAAAAAAUCUAUGCUAUAUCUCAUAUUCCUUUUCUCGGUAUAAAACUAGGCCAUCAUUCUCAGACUAAAACUAUUCCGUACAAUGAUGACCUAUUAUACUAGUAGACGCGGCGUACACCAACAUCAUUGCACUAAAAAACAGCGUAAUUAAUACAUACCUACUUACUAACGCAUUAUCA